GCGCAACCGAAGGUCCCAAAUCGCAAACGCGAUAACAGGUUCGCUCACACUCUGGUGCAGUUUGAGGAUGAUUGCAUUCGAGUCUGGGUUAUGACCAAUUCGGUUCGGCUCCAAACCGAACCACGGCAUCCCUACCUAAGCCCUCUCCGACUCAACGUUUUAUCAUGGUCUCAUUGCAUCAAAUGCUCUUAGAUACACCCUCAAGGAUAUUUAAAGCCGAAUUCACCGAAAUAGAUACGCCUCGAACCCUUCAAUCUCUCGCGCCACAAUCCAGCAGUACGCGUCAAAAUCGCGAAACAGACGAGUAGAAUUGGUGCCAAUCUAUGUUCCCUGUUUGUUUGUUUUUUCAAGGAAAAGAAUGGAGCUCCGAUGCGAUCCUGCGCUCUCCUUCGCGAGAAAUAAACCUCAGCGAAUCCACAUUCACCAAAGACGAUUUUAUCUCAGUUUCAGCGAGAAAGUCCGAAGAAGAUUCCCCCGAGAAUAUCGCCACUAUCUCGGUAGAGGAAUAUGAAGAAACGGGUAUUGGAGCAAUUGCGGCCCCUGGAAAGCAUUCGGGUCGAAAUAGAUCUCGGUACGGAGCUCGUCGGAGAUCACGUAUUUCAAUCUUGGAACUGCACAUCGAUGUAAUCUGCGUGAUUCUUGACGACCCUGAUAUCACUUCUCACGAUCUCCUCCGACUCGUGAUGGUCAACAAAACCUUUCGUUUAUUCCUUCUACGCCCAUCGAGUUCGUUCAUUUGGAAGAAUGUCAGGGAUCACCUUCCAAUCAAGACUCCUAAUCCCCAUCCAAGCUUGACGGAGCACACCUGGGCGCAGUUCCUGUAUCGUCCAAAGGCUUGCGAAGCGAGUUUUUCCGAUAACCCACUAUAGUGUCCCAGAUCACGUUGUUGCUGACAUUUUCGAUCAGUGCUGCUCGAAAAUUCUCGAGCCGUUGAUGGGUGAUAUAUGCUACGCGCAACUAUUUGUC